AUGGCCGAGGCGAGCAAGCGCAUCGACCUCGCCGCGCCGCUGCUCUCCGUGCGGCGCCACGGCGGGUUGGGCCUGGGCGGCGCGUUGCGGUACGGCGAACGCUGCGACGAUGCCACCCCCCGCCCCGGAGGCGUGCCGUUCGGGUGGGAGCGCCGGCCCGGCCACCCCAAGGGCGUAGGCACGCCACCGCUGCCCGGGCCGGACCAGGAGGCCGCGGUGCGCUUCUCGGACGCGCUCUCCCGCCCCGACAGCUGCUACACCGUGAGCUGCAGCGACGCGGCCGGCGCGACGGCGUCGGCGGCCCCGAGCCCGAGCCCCCGCGGCAGCGUCAUGAUGGACCGCUUCUUGCUGGCGGCCAAGGAGCAGUGCGUCUUCCGGAAGGCCGCCACCGCUGCUGCCAACACGCGCACCCCCACCAGCGACAGGUUGCCGGGGCGCCUCCCUGUCCAGCACCUGCCGGCGAGCCACGUCCACGUGCAGCGUAACCAUGUAAAGGACGCGGACGGCAACGGGGAGGACGACGAGUGGGAGGUGCACAGCACGGCGGGCUUCGCGUCCAAAAGGAAGUGCGGGCUGCUCCCCGCGCGGUGCGCCAAGAGCGCCCUGCUGCUCCUGAACCCGGCGCGGUCCACGAUGAGGCGCCGCCGAGGCGCGCGGCGCUUCCUGUCCGGCUGCGGCAGCAGCCGGCGCGAGACGAACCCGCUCCUGCCGCGGGUGGGGCAGCACCCUGAUCUCGACGCUGGCACGGUCACGGGAAGCAGCUGGGAGGAGGUGUACAUCAGCUCGCUGCGGCGAUCGGACCGAGGCGCCGUGCAUCCCAAGGCCACCCAUCUCGGCCUGCUCCUGGUCCUCGACGGGGCCGACGGCGGUGCGGCCUCGCCGCUGCCGCCUCCCAAUCCCAAGUGCGUCAGGCCGCCGACGGCGAAGGCGAACGUCGGCGGGAAGACACCCCGCAGGCUCAACGCCGUCGGCCAGGGCUUCCCGCCGCCGCUACCUCCCUCGCAGGAGAGGACCGUGGCUCGCCGUGACGACAAGAUGGUGCUCGCAUUGCCGUCGCCCAAGACGCCGUCGGAGUCGUGGCUCUCGCGUACGCUGCCGACCGUGUCGUCGAACAGGCUGACGGCCACUUCGUUCAUGGGGCUCCACGUGCAGCAGCUCAGGAAUCAGCGCGCUCCGUCUCGCUGGUGCUCCAGCGAUCAGGCCAAGGUUAUCGAUCAUGGCGCCAGGCCACGGCAGAUACGAAUAUAUGAUCCGUGCUAG